AUGUUCAUUGCCGUAGUUAGUACAGUAAUUUCUCAAAAAGUCGAAAAUCCAGAGUACAAAUCAUUUCUGAACAAUUCUCAGCGAUUAUAUGAUGCCUUAUUCUCGACGUAUACCAAGGAAUUAUCGCCGAUUUUGACGAGGAAAGAAGAAGUGCCUAUAAAUACAUCGAAUGAUACGCGUUUUAAUGUCAAUAUUUCUCUAUAUUUUGUCAAGCUGGUCGAUGUGACCGAGGAAGAAGAGAAAUUUUCGACACUUUCUGAAAUUUUUAUGACUUGGAUCGACCCCCGUCUCAAGUGGAAUCCAUCAGAUUACGGUGGAUUGCAAGAAUUGCAUGUGAAUGCCGAUUCCGUUUGGCAACCCGAGAAUUCGCUGUCGGAUACAUCAGACAUUCAAGAAAUCUACCCGCCAGAUAUCAAAACUGUCAUAAUCAAGCCAGAGGGUACGGUAUCGAUUUUGCGGAAAAUCUACGCCGAAUCGACCUGCAAAAUGACGAAUAUUGGCCACUUCCCAUUUGAUCGCGAAACGUGUUCUCUCUAUUUUAUGGUCUAUUCGUAUAAUUAUUGGGAUGUCAAAAUGACACUCGCCAUUCCCCAGCCAAAUAUCGUCAAUUUUGCGGGCAAUAGUGAAUGGGACGUCGAGCAGAUCACUUACGGAAUAUCAUUCUACAACGACAGCAGUUAUGCGUAUGAUUUUGAUUCGGGUGCAUUCAACCUUGUCCUCCGCCGUCAGCCCCAUUUCUACAUUUAUGUGAUUGUAUUGCCGUGUUUCACUCUCUGUAUAUUAUCUGCAAUCGGAAUGUUCUGGUCGUCAAAUAGGAGAGAAGAUCAAUUGGCUAAGUUAUCGAUCGGUCUGACGAGUCUAAUGUCAAUUGCCGUAUUGUUGCAAAUAGUGACUGACAGUAUCCCGAAGAGUCAGACGUUUCCGUUGCUAGGUUUCUACGCAAUAGUGAGUGUAUUUAUGAUAGCAUUGGGAUGUGCCGUCCUCGUCAGCCUCCCAAUAAGUACCGAAUCCACGAAGAAAAGCAUCGAAGCCGGAAGUGCUGUGCGCCGUUUCCUCUACCGCCUAACAUAUCCUCACGUCAUUCUCCAUAUUCUCUUUCAAUUGGGGAAUAUCAUCAACCUGAUUGUUUUCUUUUCGUAUUGGAGG